GCAGACAGAACAGAAGGGCUAUUCUCAUUGAUUUUAAAUACUAAUACGGUAUAAUAUAAGCUUUGAUCGAUUUAGUGUUGUUAAUGAAUUAAUUACUCCGAUCCAUUUGAUGAAAGGAGAAUGAAGAGAUUGAAAAGAAGUUGGAGUGAUCAUCGACAGGCGGUGUGGUCUUUGGAUAGACCAAUUUCCACGUCAAAGUGGAGUUUGAAUCCUGUCAAACUUAUCGGAUUUUUCAUUGUUGGUUUGAUGGUAUUCACAGCAGCCUCGAUUAUACUCAAAGACUUACCCUCUCAUACUCGUCUCAGGCUUUUGACUGAUCCUGAUGCCACUGAAGAUGUUAGUCAUCUGUCAAUCACCGCGCAGAAAGAUAAACUACUUGGUGGCCUUCUUCCUUCUGGAUUUGAUGAAAGAUCUUGUCUAAGUAGACAAGAGUCAGUCUUAUAUCAUAAAGAAUUACGCCAGAAGCCUUCUUCUUAUCUCAUCUCAAAGUUACGAAACUAUGAGGCUCUUCAUAAGCAAUGUGGACCUCAUACAGUAUUAUACAAUAGAAGUGUUGAACUUAUUAAGUCUGGCCAAUACAGAGAUUCUGCAGAUUGCAGUUACUUGGUUUGGAUUUCGUAUAGUGGUUUAGGAAAUAGGAUGCUAACCUUAGCUUCUGCUUUCCUUUAUGCUCUGCUUACAAAUCGAGUCUUACUUGUUGAUCCCGGAGUUAAUAUGCCUGAUCUGUUCUGUGAACCUUUUCCCGGAGUUUCCUGGUUGCUUCCACCAGAUUUUCCUAUAAUCGACCAGUUUAGUAUGUUUAAUCAGGAAUCUCCUCAUUGCUAUGGUUAUAUGGUGAAACAAGAUAUCGUAGGCAAUUCAACUGGUUCAAUACUACCUCCCUUCAUCUACCUUCAUUUAGCUCACGACUACGAUGAUCAAGAUAAAUUAUUUUUCUGUGACCAGGACCAAAGUAUUCUACACAAAAUCCCUUGGCUAUUCAUGAGGACAGAUAACUAUUUUGUGCCUUAUCUUUUUUUGAUGCCAGCGUUCGAGCAAGAGCUAAGUAAUCUUUUUCCGGAAAAAGAAACUAUUUUCCACUUUCUGAGUAGAUACCUGUUCCAUCCCACUAAUUCUGUAUGGGGGCUUGUUAUGAGGUACUAUCAAGCUUAUUUAGCCCAAGGAGAUGAAAAACUAGGCAUUCAAAUUCGAGUCUUUGAUACAGGUGUUGGUCCUUUUAAGUAUGUUGUGGAUCAGAUUACCGCUUGUUUGAUGAAUGAGAAUCUGCUGCCACAAAUUAAUCGGGAGGAGCCUAUACUCAAUCCAUCCAGGAAGCAGAAAACCAUAGCCGUCCUGAUCACUUCUCUAAGCCUUGGAUACUUUGAAGAGUUCCGAAACAUGUACUGGGAGCAUCCCACCGUGACAGGAGAGAUCGUUGGCGUUCACCAGCCGAGUCAGGAGGAACAUCAACAAACUGAGAAGCUCUGGCAUGAAAGGAAGGCGUUGGCAGAAAUGUAUCUACUGAGUUUAACAGACAAAUUGGUUACAAGUGCAUGGUCGACUUUUGGAUAUGUAGCUCAUGGUCUUGGAGGUUUGAAGCCCUGGAUCCUAUACAAGCCUGAGAACAGAACAGCCCAUAAUCCACCUUGUGUUCGAGCUGUAUCACUGGAGCCAUGUUUCCAUGCCCCACCUUACUAUGAUUGUAAAAAGAAAGCGGGAACUGACACGAGCAAAAUUGUUCCUCAUGUGAGGCACUGUGAGGAUGUGAGCUGGGGUUUAAAGCUAUUUGACCAAAAUAAUGAAUUAUAACCAUGUAGCUAGGCUGUAAGCUUGUGUAAAAAAGAGUUAGGUUUUCCCAUCCAGAUACAAUUUUGCUCUCUGGUUAUUGAGAAACCGGAACCCUUUUAGCUAAUCAACAGAGGCUACAGAAUGAUUCUAUGUAGUUGAAAAGAUGUACAAAUAGCUCGGUGAUAGCAUCGAGUUAUUAGUUGUGCACAAAUAUAUAAAUCAAUUGUUGUAGUUC